AUGAAAACACAAAAGUGGGAAGAACUAAAUGUGCAAUUGAGCGAUUCUAUACUAAAGACACUCAAACAAUUGAGAUUUUUUGAUAUGACGCCAGUUCAGGCAGCUUGCAUACCAUUAUUAUUGAAUGGCAAAGAUGUUGCAGCAGAAGCAGUUACAGGCAGUGGAAAAACGCUUGCUUUUCUUAUUCCUUUAUUGGAGAUAUUACAAAAACGAACUGAAAAAUGGAAGCUUAUGGAAGUAGGAGCAAUAGUGAUCAGUCCAACGAGAGAACUUGCUACACAAAUUAAUGAAAUUUUAAAAGAGUUCUUAAACAAAAUCCCAUCAUUAAAACAAGCAUUGCUGGUUGGUGGUGUGACUCUUAAAGAAGACACAGAAAAAUUGAAGAAAGGAGCUAACAUUAUUGUUGCUACACCUGGAAUUUCUUGUAUUAGAUGA